CUCAGACAAGUUAUAUAUUGUAUAUCUAAAUAUCUAGGAUAUAUAUUUGUUUUGUUUCGUUUUUGCCAAACGAUUCGGAUACACGUCGACAAUGGUGAAAUUGUAUAUAUUUGUAUUGCUUUCGAUUCUUUUUCUGGAUGUGACGCUCCAAGCCAAAGGGAGAAGAGUCAGGAAAAACAACAGGAACAGCUCUGACGUGUUUCGCCCCGGGACGGUUCGCCCCAGGUCGUUCAUAGGACACUUCCCUGAAACAAAGUCCCUCUCUCUCCCAAAUGGGACACAGACACAAUCGUCCCAUUCUUCCCUCAACACUCCCCCCCCCGUUGAAGAACUUUGGUUACCAAGCAACAGCACAGCUGAGUACCUCAGCGGGGCGCUCAGCACCAGAGUCAUCCCCGGUGUUUACCUCCUGGCCAUUGUCGUGGGCAUCCCAGCCAACAUCGCCAUCUUGUCUGCGCUGGUCACCAAAGUGAGGAUGGUUUCCUCCGCCAUCAUGUACAGCAGCCUGGCCCUGUCCGACAUCCUCCUCCUCCUCUCCCUCCUCCCCAAGGUCCACUACCACCUCCACGGCAACCACUGGGUGUUCGGGGAGGCCACCUGCCGGAUGGUCACCGCUUGUUUCUACGGAAACCUCUACUGCUCAGCUCACACGCUGGCCUGCAUUAGUGUGAAGCGCUACCUGGCUGUGGUGCACCCCUUCCUCUACAGAAGCCUCCCCAAGAGGGCCUGUUCCGCCUGGGCCUGCCUGGUCGUGUGGCUGGUGUUUGGGGCUGCCGUGGUACCCGAGCUCCUGGUCCAGCAGAGCUACCGACUCCCUCAGCUAGGCCUCACCACCUGCCACGACGUGCUGCCUCUGGACCACAACUCCCACGCGCCCCUGCUCUACUACAAAGUGUUCCUGACCUUCCUGGGCCUGCUUUUGCCUUUGGUGUUGACCGCGGGUAGCUACGCGUUCAUCGUUUACGAGCUCAACCACACGCACUACGACUGGUCGCUGUACUUGAAGGCCUGCUCCCUGGUCUUUGGCAUCUUCCUGGUGUGUUUCGUCCCAGCUGGGGCCUUCCACUUCCUCCAUUACGUGCGUCUGUUUGCGGAGGGAGAGGACGGCUUCUACGCCUACUUCAGCGCGGCCGUGUGUCUGUGCUGCCUGCACGCGUGUCUGGAGCCCUUCCUGUUCCUCCUCAUGUCCAAGUCCACCCGCCCGACGCUUCACUUCACCACCCUGACGGGGAAGGUUCUGAGCGUGAACACGUGACAAGCCCAGUCCUGCGUGCUCCAGAACAGACUUUGAACAGUCCUUCUCUGACUGAUAUGAUAAUGGUCGUUUUUUUAACGUAAAUAGGCGGACUUCUGUGCCUAUCGUGGAAGUGUGAAAGUGUGUCUUAAAAUGAGGUUAACGUUUAACUUAAAAAUAUCUCAAGUAUUGUGAGGGUUACUAUGCAAAUAGAGAUGCUGUUCAGAUGUAUCCAUUUACAUUUACAUGUAGUCAUUUAGCAGACGCUCUUAUCCAGAGCGACUUACAGUAAGUACAGGGACAUUCUCACCGAGGCAAGUAGGGUGAAGUGCC